GAUCAACAGUGCGCCGUAGCCGAGUAGGACGACCUUGUGUUGCACAUUUCCUAGAAAUGUUUCCGUGUUUCUCGGAACGUAGUGUACGGUGAUUUGUCCACUGGAUAAUUCUUAUUUCCAGAACACGGACAGCAAGACCAGCAGCAAAUUAAAGUCAUCUGCUACAGUAAUCCAUAGGAACAUGUCCUUGUUUGCGACGUUUGGGAACGAAAGGCCCGAGGAUCGUUUAAAAGAGGUGAAAACCUUCUUUACAGAGGGGAAUAAGAAAUCAGACGCCGUCAUACAGGUGGAAGACCACGAGCUUCACGUGGACCUGAAUAUAAUCUCUCUGAUGUCCCCGACACUGGCGAGUGAGUUCCAGCAACGCCCGGACCACCAGUCUCCUCCUAGGAAAACCAACAAAGCCGUGGCCAAGUUGGACGGACGUGUUGACCACAUUGUGGACAUGCUGACCUCCAUCUACCCCAACUUCAGGAGCGUCAACGUUGUUGAUGAAGACAAUGUCGAGUAUCUACUCCCACUGGCUGCGAAGUACAAGCUGUUGUUUCUGCUGGAAACGUGUAAAACAUUGAUAGAAAAAGAGUUACCUGGCAUGAAUAUGAAUACGUAUAUCUACUUGCCAACAAGGAUGGAAAUAACUUCUGAAAGAUACCAUAAGGAGAAUAAGGAUCGUCUCAUGCGAUACUUCGUGUUGGCGCAUAAGAAUGAAUUAUUCGAAUUAAGGAAAAGAUGUAUGAAUAAGUUAGUAAAAUGCUAUUAUAGCACAAAGGCACAUGAGCAGGAUGGUGGCACACCAACACGACGCACUGCGGCCUUCCAGCAGCUCGACCCAACAACAAGAUGGGAAAUACUGAGAAACCGAUUGUUUUACCUGGAAGGUACCUACGGUGAAGUGACAGACAACUUCGAAGACAUGUGAAGACGUGAGACAACUGAGACGUGUCAAGAUACUUCAUAGAUAUCGCCAUUGCGGCCAUUCCUUAUAUCACUUGACAACCAUGUCUCACAACGCCGGAAAUAUGUGUAGCUCACCUUUAAAGUCGAGUUAGCUUAUGUUGCAUGAAUGAUCCCAGCUAUGGCGUCUAAAACUUGCUCACAUAAUUCCGACGGCGGCCAUAUUGAAAUGUCAUUUUGUCCAUUACUCAGACCCUUGUGCAUGUAGCAUUAGGAGGUGUGAUAUGCGGGACAAUAAUACGUUUGUUUUUAUACUUAGUUAUGUUCAAAAUGAUCUGUGCUCCUUCUGUCUCAAUGAAAAGAAAACAAUUACUCACUUGUUUUGGGACUGUGCUGUAAUAAAACACUUUUGGGAUGAAGUGUCAGUUUGGAUAGACCAGUGUGUUCAUGUUUAUAAUAUGACAUUUUAUGCAGAAUUGAUACUUUUUGGAGUUAAAAAGAACAUAAAAACAUAUAAAGUUCGAUUUACUUUUACUUGUUGCAAAAUUCUAUAUUUUUAGAUGAAAAUUUCAAAAUCUUAUUUUAAUGUUCAUAAAAAGGAGGCCUUUUCACGAUACAAGAUUGAAAAAGAUAUUGCUUUCGAGACAGGUAAUCAGCAGAAUGCUUGGAUGCUGUAUCAUUAAUGAAGAGGAGCUUUUACUUUAAUUUUAGUUUUACUUAAGACAUUAAUGUAAGAUAUCCGUAAAAAAGGUUGUGUAAUGUGUCAUGUGCUUUCUGCUACCCUGGGCGGAAGACCAUUUUAUGUAACAGGUGCUUCCUUUUAUAAACAAUAAAAGAAAAAAAAAAUACUUUUGUUGCUUUUCGGGGUUCGUACUGAUUUUGGAUUAAGCUACGACCUUUGACCUUCAGGUAGCCCCGUUGUUCUAAGGUGACUGCAUUUCAACAUCUCUGAAACUACAAGGCACGUGGAGCUGAAACUUUGAAUGAAUGACAGCUAUGGUGUCUGUAAACACUGCACACGUAAUUCCAAUCCGACCUUAAACAUAUCCGCCAUUAUUUCUACAUAAUUCAGGUGAGCUGCAGAGCUUUGUGGCUCUAUUUCUUGGUGUUGCGUUCAUGACAUCCCGUAUUACCCUGUGCUGUAUAUUCCCAUUACUUUUCUAUUCAAGCAGCCAGAGAAGUUUCAGUUCGUGUCCUCGCCGCCCAAGGUAGAUAAAGUAGAAAGAUGAGGGCGUUCUGUGUGUUAUAUACACAUGUACAGCCGAUGUGUCAACAUAUUUUAACUUCAAAGAAUAAAUAUAUUCGAAUAUAUGUACGAGUCGAAUUUAAUGUUUUGCACAUUAUGCUAGCUGAUUGCUUUUAUGAAAUCAGUAUUCGCAAUGCCUUCAUUUUCCAAUAA